AUGGCCACUCCUCAACAGUCGAUUACGACCGUAAACGGGAGACGAUGUACCCGUUCACGAGCCCGAACGGCCCUUACAACCUCCAAAACUACAGAGACAUCAACCGCCGCUCCUCCCGCCGUCACUACAUCCACGGCCGCUGAGGAGACAUCGCAAAUACAGACCACCACCGCCCAGACAUCGUCCCCGCCUCCUCCACCGCCGCCUUCUUCGACGGCACCGGCCUCAACAACUACGCCAGCCGACCAGCCAGCACAGCAGCCGACUGCAGUGCCGACAACAUCUACAACAGAAGUAGCAGCAACGUCCGCGAUAGGUACGAGUACCACGGCCCCUACAUCUUCUGAGCGGGUAACACCGCUGGCCCUCUCGUCUUCAGAGCGUGCAACGGCAGCCGCCCAGCAGCCACCAGAGACUCAGGCGCCGCUGGGAGAAUCUUCUCCAGUCGCCGUGGUCACUCUGUCUCUGUCGUCACAAGUUGCUGCAGCGUCUUCAGCUGUGCCUCUGACCUCUAUACCAACAAGCUCUGACACAGAACAAUUAGCUGUUCCAACGUCACUCGUUGUAUCUUCGCGCGUACCCGCCCGCUUCACAGCUCCGGCUAUAUCCAACGGUCCUACUCAGGACACAAGCCCUCAAUUACCUAUCGAGACCGAUACGAGGGCACAGCCAUCGAUCGUGACAGAUUCGCCCGCCCAAGCACGGCCACAGCCAACUACUUCAUUAGUAGACUCUACACCCACUGGAGGGUCGGCUGGUAUAAUUGCUCCAGAGGGAUCCACUGGUGGCGAUGACGGCCCCCUGACCUUUGCGAAUAGUGGCAAUAUAGGAGGCAUAAUCGGAGGAGUCUUUGGUGGCGUCGCUGCAUUGGCUCUUAUCAGCAUACUGCUCUUCUUUUGUCUACGGAAACGGAAGUCGCGACCAGUACGAUGGAACGAGAAACAAGAGACAGGCCCAAGCUUCCUAACUAGGCUGAAGACGAUACCUAGUGGGGUGGGAGCAUUUGUUGCGAGGAUAAAAGGAAGCGAGGCUGGUCCGAUGAGCAACCCCUACCAACGUCAUGCUGCGCAAGCCAGUGUUGGAUCAGUGUACUCGAGAGACUCUAAUGGCAGAGGCCGAUCGAGCAGUGAGCCGCAAGGUUUCUUCGGAGUUAAGCGCGCAGGCUCCAACAACAGCAGAUCAAGCAAGAAGAGUGAGAGGAAUCUGCUCCGCAAAAAGCCAAGCAGCAUAUCAUCCAAUUACCGGUUCCCAGGCAUCAUCGAAGACACGGGGUCGCCAAAUCCAUUUGCUGAUCCUGGACCGCAAAGCAAGCUAUUGGUACUCAACCCCGACCCCCGAAGCGCACCUGUCACACCCCAAGUUCCUGCAGCGACUGCAGACGCCGCGCCACGAGAUCCAUUCGCAUCUGUCAUGGAUCCACCUGGAGCUGCGCCAGCAUGGGCUCAACCACCUACUCACCAUCAUCAACGGACGAUGAGUUCGAUAUCUGCGUUAAGCUCACACCCUGUCUCGUCGUUCUACACAGCAGACAACCCUUUCCGAGACCCACCUUACGCACCGCCUGUUCCCACCCAAGCUGUCCUGCCAAGCCACACCCGUCGUUCCUCGACGGCAUUACCGGGCUUCAAUGCGCUGUCGACCGUGGAUGCGACAUCAACAUUCGCUUCGCGUGACUCUGAUAUCUUCUUCGGAGAACCGGGACCGAGCAGACCUUCUACCAACUUCUUCACUCCCGCACCGACAGGUCGAACAGUCCGACAGUCGGAUCCUUUCGACCUUGACCGGCCAGAAGUUCUUGGCUUUCAUAGUAUCUUCAACCGGAAAGAUGUGAAUGGGAGUAUUACCCGACAACCCACACGAAGUAAACGGACAAGCAGUGUUGGCAAUUGGGGCAAUACCGCGACAGACGUCAACAACUACGGAUUGUUUCCGAGAGACAGUACAAAACAGCCACCAUGGGGACCAAACGUGGCCUAUACGGAAUUUGACGGUGACGACGAUUUGAAUCACUUCUUGGUGAUUCACCCCUUCCCACCACUUGACCUUAGGGAACGGUUCUACGCCUAUAAGGCUGCGGACGAAGACUACAAAGAUCCUGAUGCUGAUAAGUCACACGACUAUCCAAACUGGACUGGUCGUAUGACAUGCGCGAGGACCUGGUUAGCGGACUGCGUAGAGAAGCACCCCGAUUGCCCAGCGUCUCGCCCGAGCCAGUACAUAUCUCGCGAUAACAGCGAAGUGUCUGAACAUACAGUGACAGACGAGACCGAAACACACCUUCCUACACGUCUCAUCGAGAUUGGUCAACCAGAAGCCGAUAGAGUGCGACUGCGGUUGCGCUCUGAGCUGGACAGCACCUCCUCACAUUAUGCAACACUCAGUCACUGUUGGGGAACCUCGAAGUGUCUUCGAUUGACGGCAGAUUCAUUUCAACGCUUGAGAAAUGGAGUAAGAAUUCUCGAGCUGGCAAAGACAUUCCAGGACGCUAUAUUCACGGCGAGUUCGCUUGACAUCAAGUUUUUGUGGAUAGACUCCUUCUGUGUCUUCCAGGACUCAAAGGAAGAUUGGCAGCAGGAGUCAGCACUCAUGAGUCGGGUAUAUCGUCAUAGCUUGCUCAAUAUCGCAGCUAGUAUCGCGACUGAUAGUGAAGCUGGUUGCUUUCAUGAAAGAUCUUCCACAGUUGAGCCCUGCGUCGUUCAAACUACGUGGACCGAUCGUCCGAACGGCACUUAUUAUGUUUACUAUGACUCUUUUUGGGAGGAUAACUUCGAUCAUAUGCCCCUGAACCAUCGCGCUUGGGUUGUUCAGGAACUUGCCUUGGCCCCUAGAGUAAUCCAUCUCUGCGGCAGCCAGAUGUUUUGGGAAUGUCACGGCUUGAGCGCCUGUGAGACCUGGCCUAGUGGACUACCAUUCGAAAUGUACAACCUUUCGAUAAGGUCAAACAGGUGGGCUGCUGCCAUGAAGAUAUUUGGCUCGAAAAGAACCGGUGAAACUAGACCCCUCCGUAUCUCUCCGGACAAUAACGUUGGAGUUGACACGCUUGUAUUUAGGUCAAUGUGGUCAACUAUCGUGGAGGAGUACAGCAAGUGCGAUUUGACAUUCCCGAGCGACAAGUUGGUCGCGCUAUCUGGUAUUGCAAAGCACAUUGGACAGCUCCUCGAUAUCGAAUAUUGCGCGGGGCUUUGGAAAUUUGAUCUCGUUGCAGGACUAGCUUGGUACUUGAAAAAGGAAAACGACAAGAAUAUCUUGCCUCCAACAGAAGCCAACCCGGUGACUUACCGAGCACCUUCGUGGUCGUGGGCAUGUCUCGACGGUCCAAUAAUCCCAUACAGGCCUCAAUGGCUCCAACAGCAUCACUUGGUCGACAUCAUCGGUUGCGAUAUCAAGACCGCGACAGCAGAUCGAACGGGUGCGGUCGUUGACGCUUCUAUCCAACUGACUGGUCAUCUAGCAACGAUGAACCUACAUCCAGAUUUUGAAGAAGUCCGAGAUAUCUAUUUUGAUAAGGGGUGGAAUACAUUAACAGAUUUGCCACCAGGUCGAUUGAGCCUCGAUCGUCGUCCCUCGUCAUCUCAAUUGCACUGCCUGCCCAUCCUCUCGAUGGAUCCAUAUCUAUGUGCUCUUCUACUCAUUCCCACUGGAUCCAAGCGCGGCCAGUUCCAAAGGGUAGGUAUCUUUUACUUGCAGUCUCUGGCCUUGGGACUGAAGCGCUGGAAGUCAUUUUCAGAAUUCGAGAAUGAGUCAUGGCUAGAGUACGAGUCAAUAGGUGAUGACGGUAGAUGCACGAUCACAAUAGUAUGA